AUGAGCGGUUCGCUGCGCGCCUUGUCAGUGCUUGCCUUUCUCGCGGUUGCCUACAGCGACUGUGGCUCCUCCUUGGAUUGUGUGCAAGGCACUCUGGCGGAUGUGCAGAAGGCAGCAGAGGCGAGAGCCAAGGAGGAAGGAAAUGAUUUGUCCGGAAGCUACGAUUGCCUUUCCGGGCUCCAGGACUUCGUCAGCUGGCAGCCAGCUCGCAAGGAGUAUUGCUGUGCAACGCAUGGCCUGGGCUGCCCCGGAGCAGCAGGCAAAACCAUCUUUCUCAGCAGUGGUGAGGUGCUGGAGGAGAACGUAGCCGACGAGUUCGCGGAGAAGUUUGCUUCAGGCUCUCUGGAUACCACAGGCUGGAGCUACAGUGCCGAGACCAGCUCGGGAGAGUCCUUGCCAUCGUGGCUCAGCUUCGAUCCCGAAACCCUCAAGCUGACAGGAACAGCACCAGACAGUGACCUCGCGACGGACGUCUCUGUGAAGGCUGUGAACAAAAAGUUCAAGAAGCCAGUCAUCGCAGGCUACACCAUUCGAGACAAAGUUGAACCACCCGCAGCACUUGACGUGCUUGCAAUCAAAGGGCAUCCGAUGAAUUAUCCAAUCCCUCCAAGUGCUUUCGGCUCCAGCACGGCUCCCAAAACCUUCGAGAUCCAGGCUGUGCCUGGCGACUCUGUUCCAAAGUGGGUCUUUCUCGAUUCGGCUUCAGGAACCCUCUCUGGUGUGCCUUCAGAAACAGGUCAGCACGUCUUGCAGAUCUCGGCAAGCAACGCCGACGAAACGAAGACUCAAGUCCUCAAGCUCAGGGUGGAGGAGUCCGGCAGCACGGAUGCGCACGGUGUGGCUGCCAGCCACGUACAGCUUCCAUCCGCUGUCGCAGAGGUUGGAACACCCUUGGAGUAUACUCUGCCCGCAGGAUCUGCAGGACCUGCCAGCACGGUCUCCGGAGAAGACGGGAAGCAAUUGCCGUCCUGGCUGAACUACGAUGCUUCUUCAGGCACCUUCUCUGGAAUUCCACCAGGAGCCGGAGAUACUCCCGUGCAGGUGAAGUCUUCAAACGCGGUCGCUCACUUCAAAGUCACGAUCCAUGCCCCAACUCCGGCUGACGAAAAGGAGGCGCCAACACCAAAGCUGAAGGCUGCGGGGCAGCCGGAUGCGGGUAAGCCGGCCGCGCCGGCUGCGAGUAAGCCGGCCGCGUCGGCCGCGAGUAAGCCGGCCGUGCCGGCCGCGAGUAAGUCGGGCGCGCCAGCCGCGAGUAAGCCGGCCGCGCCAGCCGCGAGUAAGCCGGCCGCGCCGGCUGCAGCUGAGUCGUGGGCACCUCCGGCAGACAGUUAUUUAGACGAGGCCACGGAAGAGGCCUCUCAGUUGUGCGUGAAAGAGAACGUGGUGUGUGAGCCUUUGGACAUGAAUCUGACACCCUCAAUGGCAGUCCAGUACACGAAGGAUGCUGAAGAGUGCCAGGUAAAAUGUCGUGAGCAGGAGUCUUGUGGCUGCUUCUCUUUCUACAAAGAUUUGAAGCUCUGCCACUUCGCUUCAACAAUGGCAAGCCUGGUCGAGGGCAGAGUGGGCUGGCAGGGAGGCAAACCUUUUUGCGACAAAGCCAUGACAGGUGCCCAGGAGGAAACAGCCUUUGAGCAACUGAUGACUGAGUCGUGCUUGGCCCACAACGUCAGCUUCGCCCCAAAGAUAACCCGACCGAAGUCUUGGCCAACGACUGCUGUCGGCAGCGUCAAUGACUGUCGGAGCCGGUGUUCUCGGAUUGGCUCUGACUGUCGAAGCUUUGUGUACAACACUUUCACAAAGUCGUGUGAUGUGCAAGACAUGACGGCCUCGGUCAUCAUCGCUCCUGCAUAUGAAAUGGCUGGCCCGAGGGUCUGCAACAUGCGCGUUCCCCUGACGGUCCUCACCAGCUUCGCAGGGGAUUAUCCCGACUUCGACGGUCUUGAGCUCGUGUCCACAGAGCCGGCACUGAAUGCCAACGAGGUGACGGUCAAAGUUAUGAAGAACACCCCAGAGGCCAUCGUCAUGAAGAUGCUGCUCAACGCUCCGGAAGUAAGGUUACAGUUCCUGUACAGGAAAGUUGUCAAAACACCAGACCUCCGCGCGAGGUUUAAGAAAAUGGUGUCGCACUACAUCCCGGACGAUGUUCAAGCGAAGCUGGGGUCGUCUGUGAGCAUCGAAAGGAAAAGUCCCCAGUUUCAAGGCCAAUCCUUCCAGCAACGCAUGUACGAUCGUCUCGAGAACAAGGUGGAAAUUACAGCCAGUGGCAAGCUGUUCAAGAGUCAGAUGGUGAACUUGGCGGGUAUGCUUUUCAUUGGAGCUUGGGUGGCAUUGGGCCUGGGCUACAUCAUCCAGCGCCGGCGUGGCGGCCAAGGUCAAUGGAUGUCUUGCGGCAAGGGUUGCGAGGAUCGGCAAGAUAGAGCUCGAUCGCGCAACAUGGUGGCUGUGACGGCAGCGGAUCGUCAAAUGCUUCUGCUGGAACAGGAAGAGGUAGACAUCGACUUGCCGGAGACACGCGAAGACGUGGCGUGUUACAUUAUCAAACGCAGUCGCGGAAGCAGCACCAGAACCGAGUACAUGCUUGAUUGGCUUGAUAAUCGGGCGGCAUGUGAUCUCAUGCCGUCUGCGUCAAAGAGCGCACGGUCCGAGAUGACCGGGGAUCUGGUCUUGGGUUACAGCUGCUGCCUCAUAGCAGGGGUUGGCUUCGGCAUCAACUACCUGCCUGUCAAAGGCAUCGACACGGGAGAUGGUAUUUUCUUCUCUGCGGUGAUGUCGGUAGGCAUCCUCGCAGUCGGAUUGGUCACCGGGACAGUGCUGAGCAGCCCGCCUGGGCUGGAAAUGCCCAAGUUUGAGCCCUGGGCAGCCUUCGGAGGGGCCGUUUGGAUGUGCGGCAACUUGAUGUGCCCCUACAUCAUCAAGCUGCUUGGUAUGGGUCUCGGACUCACGGUCUGGGACUUGAGCAACAUGGUAGUGGGUUGGUUCACGGGACGAUUUGGGCUCUUCGGUGUCAACAAGGAGCAUAUUGACAGACCGUGGGUCAACUGUGCCGGCCUGGGUUUGGCCGUUACAUCCCUCAUCUUCUUCUCCUUGGCAGCGGGUUGCGAAUCAAAAGCUGGUGAGGCCACCAGGAAAGCCACGUGCAGUGCAAAGAGCGCCGCCACAGACGAGACUGGCCAGGAUGGGCCAACCUCGGAGUUCUCCACGGCCAGCACGGCCUUCCCUGAAUCGGUGAGUGAAACGGAUCUCGAGAACCAAGUCGCCACGCCGCCUACGCAGAUCAUUGAAAAACGCCUGGAAACCGAAAAGACUCCGGCAUCAGGGCAGGACAAGUGCCCGUGUGAGAAUCCAGACGCCCGCAACUUUGUGAUAGGUCUUUGCAUGGCGCUCCUUGCAGGACUGUUCUUCGGAACCACCUUCGAUCUUCCCACAGCUCUUAUGGAAGGGCGCUUCGGACACCAUCAUAGUAAAGACAUUAUGGAUUACGUGUUCAGCCACUUCGCUGGCAUCUUUGCGGCUGCUUCUGCGGCCAUGGUCGUCUAUUCGAGUGUGCUCAGGGAGAGGCGCUACAUGCCCCGUCGCAUGAUCCUUCCGGCUAUCGCUUCGGGCGUCCUUUGGGGCAUUGCUCAGGUUGCCUGGUUCCAGGCCAAUAUCGACCUGGGCUUUGCGGUGGCCUUCCCCAUCAUCGGCAGCCUUCCUGGGGUCGUUGGGCUGAUCGUCGGCAUGGCCUUUUUUGGAGAGGUGAAGAGCAAGAGGAGCCGAUUUUGGGCCGGCUUGGGUUUAGCGCUGCGCUUGCCAGGUGUCGUCCUGAUUGCCGUCUCCACUUGA